AUGGCUCCUUGCUCGGACCCAGCUCCCAUUGCCCUCCCUGAGGAGUUUCUCCCCGUCCCGAGCGGUUUCCGCGGCGUCCCCGGGAGCCGGUGCAUCCCGAGGGUCCUGCUGCGGGAAGCCUUUAACUCGUUGCCAGAUUGGCCGCAGCUUGGUUUCCGGACCAAGCCAUUGAUGCCGGGGGCCGUCCGCUGUGCAGGUCUCGCUCACGGGAGGAGCGCGUGGCCGCGUUUCGUAGCCCAGCCGGUCGUCGCAAGCGGUGCUUUGGCUUUGGGGUCAAGCGAUCACGAAGACUUAGGAAUGGAAUCAACCUCUCUGGAUGAUGUCCUCUAUCGGUACGCCAGCUUUCGAAACCUGGUGGAUCCAAUCACCCAUGACUUGAUCAUCAGCCUUGCUAGAUAUAUCCACUGCCCCAAACCGGAGGGCGACUCGCUGGGGGCCAUGGAGAAGCUCUGCCGCCAGCUGACCUACCACCUGAGCCCGCACUCGCAGUGGCGACGCCGAGGCCUCGUGAAGAGGAAGCCCCAGGCCUGCUUGAAAGCCGUGCUGAUGGGGAAGCCACCAGACAACACGGUAGACCUGUCAGGCAUCCCGCUGACGCUGAAGGACCUGGACCGCAUCAUGGCAUACCUGCAGCACAGCGCGGCACACAUUGACACGGUGGAGCUGUGCUUCACCGAGCUGACGGACGACAUGCUGCUGCAGCUGCUGCCGGCGCUGGGCACCCUGCCCCACCUCACCACCCUCUCCCUCAACGGCAAUAGGCUCACGAAGGCUGUCCUGCGGGACCUCACCGAAGCCCUCAAGGACCCCAAGAAGUUCCCCAGCGUCACUUGGAUCGACCUCGGCAACAAUGUGGACAUCUUCUCCUUGCCACAGCCCUUCUUGGUCAGCCUGAAGAAGCGCUGCCCCAAGCAAGGCAACUUGCCAACCAUCCUGGAGUUCGGUGAGGGCCAGGUGAGCGACCUGGAGGGCCAAGAUGGCCUGGCUGAGAGCCAGGAGGACCUGCAAGCCGCCGGCCAAGACACGGACGAGUUGGACGGGCUUGACCGCCUCGGCUUGCAGCUGACGGACCGAGUGGGCCAGGGCGGGACGCUCCCGAAUAAAUGCGGCUCCGUGGAAGAAGCCGCGGCCACACAGACGUGAUGGUUGGCCCCGGGGCGCUCGGCAGGGCGCGUUACACAGCAACGAAUUCGAGCUGAUGCCUCGGUGAUGGAGGCCAGGACGGAGGGUCCGUCGGCGCGGUGGGAUGCACUGAGAGUCCAGACUUGCCGACUGCCUCCAGACUAUGAAUGUCAACCUUUUUCUUUUCAAAGGAGACAUAAAUGUGAUCAUGUUGAAUACUUUAUAUUUUAUAAAAGCCAGACCCAUCUUUUUUUAAACAUUAGUGACGUGCUAUGCCUUUUAACCUCUCAAAAAUACCUGUAUCACCAAGGUGUUGUAAUACCAGUCCUUUGAAGAGCACAACAGCGGAGAAGAAAGGUGAGGAGCAUUUGCAGAGAUGGGCUCCGUCUGCCUCGCACCGGAGCUAACGAAACCCCGGUUGGCCCCUCUCAAGCGUUACGGACAGACAGGACGUCCUCCAAAGAGGAUGGCCACCAGGGCAAAACAUACGGCUUUUCCAUACCAACUUCAGGAAUUGCCGACGACUGGCAUAGCUGGACAGAUAAAGCAGAUUUACACCCCAGGCGCGCUAGCCAGGGCUGCUCGCCUUCUGCAGCGCGAAGGAGGAGGUCUCGCCCUCACCCUCUAGCCUUGCCGAAACUGGGCUGGCGCUCCUCACCCGUCCCGUAUUUCUCCAGAUGUUAAAAGCCCGUUUGCCGUUAGUCAGGCUGCUGUGACAGCUCCUGCGGGCUCAGUUCGGUUACACGGCGUUUGCAGCAGCAAAGCGGAAAGCGUGAACUCGAGCCGCUUUUUGGGAGCUGAGGCUGGACCUGGGGCUCAGCUCAGGUUUGUUGCUGCUGCCGGCACAAGAAACCACGAUUCUGCAUGUUUAUAAAAGAGUUAAAAACAACAACAACAAAAAAAAAACCCUGGGUUUUCCCUAUAUCACUGCCACUCUGGGCUGGGUGGACACAAGUCAGCUGAAGGCUUAAAGCCUCAGAAAGGCUUUUAGGUCACUUGGCUGUGUCCAUCCCCCAGGGACCAAAAGUGCUUUGUUUCUAAAAUAUUUGGGGUUUUUUUUUGUUUUUUUUUUAGGGACAUGGACUUGAUUUUGUUGUUGGAAAAUGGAUUGCCCCAGGGCUGGAACAUGCCCGUCGGCUUUCAGAAUUUCAUAUGUUCCUAAACCUGUGUGAAACUCUUCAUAUCUAAGGACCAAACAUGACCUCCUUUGCUAAAAGGGAGCCCCUUUGUUUCUGUUCAGCUCCCUCCCUCGACUAGUUUUACAGCAUCAUUUUCCCGGCUCAGGUGUGAGCAGUGACCUGCAGGCUUGGCUUUUUCUGAGUGUAAACACAGACUUUUUGGUCUUCCCUUUGCCUCUCUUCGUUUACUAUCACUGCACUUGGAAGCCACAUGCCUUUCCCAGCGGGGCGUCACGCUGCUGGUGGCUGUUUCUCCGCCGUAUGCAAGUAGGUAACUUAGAAGAAACUCUGCCACUCGUUUUAGCACAUUUGGCAAAGUUCAGUAUGAUUUGCAUGUAUCCGAGUCUUUUUUUUUUGUUUUUAAUUGAUGCUAAUUCUUUCCACCAGGCAUGAAAAAACUUUGCAGUGAAUAAACAAUUCUGUUUGAAAUGAAAGAGCUAUCC